AUGGCAACUUCUAAUCGAACUAAAGUCGUACAAUCAUACUUUCUUGUCUCAGCAACUCUUCCUCCUCCUCCACCUCUUCCAAGAGAAGAUACCGACAAUGAUUAUUAUCAUCGGAGGAGAGGUACAGCAUGGUUACCAGCAGCAAAUUGUACUUGUCUUUCAUCAUUCCUGGCUGGACUAGCUUUAAUAGCGUUACUUGCUAUAUCAAUUAUUAUUCCAAUACUAGUCAUACUUUCAACUAUAUCAAAUGAAAUGUCAUCAACGACAACUACUACUUAUAUCAUGGUCACAUCAAGUAUAACGACAGCAACUACAAUAUCAUCAACUUCAGCAACGUCAACUUCAGCAACGUCAACUUCAACAACAUCAACUUCAACAACAUCAACUUCAACAACGUCAACUUCAACAACAUCAACUUCAACAACAUCAACUUCAACAACGUCAACUUCAACAACGUCAACUUCAACAACAUCAACUUCUACGACAACAACUUCUACGACAACAACUUCUACGACAACAACUACAUCAACAGGUAAACAUGCUGUAAAAGAUAAGUUGCGAAUUUAUUGUGAUUAA